AUGACGCCCCGGGCCCCUCCGUCCUCGUCCGCCGCGCCGUCGCCGCCCACCUCCUCUUCAUCGUACCCUGCACCUGAGACCCUCUACCCCCUCCGUUCUGACAACGCACUUCUUUCGUCACAUACCCCCCCCUCCGCACCUUCUUCGCUUCGACAGACCUCUUCUUCCCUAGCCGUCAGUGCCCGCUUCUGCUUGUUUUCGGAGUCUCCAGGCCCCAGCGCCGAGGCGGUGGCGAUGCCUGGCGCACGCCUCCCCGCGCCUCCGUCUUUGUUCGCUGUCCGCGCAGACGGACUGGCUUUCGAAGGAGACGCUUCGGCCUCCUCGUCGGCGUCUCCGUCCGCCUCGUCCCGCGCAGGGGGGGUGGUGCUGCCUGCUGUCUCCUACUCGUCCGCCGACUCUCCGGCCGGGGUCCCCGGGAUGGGGUCCGCGUGGCCCCCCUCGGGCGGCAGUGCACCCGGUUCAUCGUUCGCCGACCUGUCGUCUUCUGCCUUUCCGCAGCAGUUUGCAAGGGCGGAGGAGCCGAGCGACUUCGGCGGGGACGGCGAUUUGGCUAGUCUUCAGCGCCAAGCGCUCGUCGACGCAGCGCGAGACGCAGCCGUUGCGGCUUCAGAGGCUUUCACGCCUUACACCGUCCUGGGACGUAUGCGUCUGCUGUGCCCGUCUCUCGACGAGCGAUCCGAAUUUCUUCUUCUCCAGGGGGCCUCGCGCGUCCUGCGUACCUUCGCCACGGCGCGUGCGGAGCUCGUCUUGCGGGAAGCACGCCGCAGCAGACGCCGCAGGAGGGCGGAGGGGAGGGCGCUGAGAAGACGCGAAGCGAAACGCCCGACUGCGGGCGAGGAGCUCCUGAGGGCAACCGCCGCUAGGGGGGAGGCGUCCGCGAUGCAGGCCACGGGACUGUCGGGGUGUGGCGACGCUGAGGCGGCAGCUUUUAUUCAUGGGGUGGGAGUAGAUGCCCCCUCGACUUCGUCCGCUCUAGCCGCCUUGCGCCUCCAGCAGCAGAGGGCGCGGGCCCAACUCGACGCCACACUAGCGGCCGCUGUCCGCUCUUCCCGGUUAGCUCUCUCCUCCGAUGUGACUUGUCUUCGCCGCAGACUUUUGCCGUCCUCCCGCGUUAUGCUGGAUGCCAAUGUUUCGUUCAUUUUGACACGCCUCGUGUCUGCGGUGCUGCGCUCGUCGCCGAAACGCGUAUCCUCCUCCUUCCUUUCUCGUGAGCAGCCUCUACAGGCGCUCUUUCGGAGAUGCCGAGGCGGGGCUCGCCGAGACGAGCGGAGGCGAGAAAACGCUUUUGGGAGCGACGAGUUGACAGUCGGACGGAAGGAGAGUCGCCCGUCAGGUUUUUUCAUCGAUGAGGAAGGGGACGAGGCGCCGCGCGCAGAAUGCGACGCCGCACUGAUCCUGCCGGCGCUGCUUCACUUCACUGAGAGACCGUCCACAGACGAUCUCUAUCGCCGCCUCCUGUGGCUCCAUGUUACCUCGGGUGGCCUGUCGGACUCGCACUCGGGCUCGACCAGCGGAGCCGGCGGCCCAGGCGGAGACAGAGAGAGAGACACAGGUGCCAGUGUCUCCCUUCUCUCUGUGCCCCCGGUUGUGGACGUUUCUGUACUCUUGCAGCCUGCGCUGGCUGUGGCAGGGCCCCUCAGCGACCUUCCCUCCGCGAUCAGAAGAGGAGACAGCGGAUCGCCCUUCUUUGAGCGCCUCUCGGAGACGAGGGCAGAGGACGGUCCGCUGUUUGGCGUCUCAGCGAGCGCGGGCGGAUCCGACGCCGUGUCGCAGCCUUCCUCGGGCGCAGCGAGACGCGCCCGCCAGUUGGGGGACGCGACAGGGCGGGCCCCGGCCCAGUCAGGGCGGAAAAAGAAGAAUUCUUUGUUGUUCCCUGGGGCCGACGGCGCAGAACCCGCUGAGGAGGGCGACGCGGACGGUGGAUUCUGCCUCGAAACCGAGGAUGGAAAGAUGAUUCUUCCUCAGCAACUCUACCCGAUUUGUGCGUUCCUGGCCGUCUGUCUUAACGAGGCUUCCUCCCUCGAACGCGAAGCUCUGGAAGCUGUGCGGGACGUGGUUCAGCACGGGGGCCGGUGGCCCCGGGCGAGCCCGACAGCCGCGGGGCAGCCGAGGACCAGACAGGCUCCGGCGUCGCGCAGUCCCUACGGAGGCCAGGCCCCUGGGAGGGCCUUGAGGCCCGGCGAGGACGAGCCACUGGAACGCACCUUCGUGGGAAGCGACGAGGAACGCCGUCCAUGUACCCGCCAGUCGCGGACUGGGGCUGGACCAGGAGACCGCCGCCGCGAGCGGGGACCAGCGGGCAGUUCUUUCAUCGCUCUUCCGCCGCCAGAGUACCCUCGAUGCUGGGCUGGCGACGGCGGACGGGAGCAAAGUGACAAGUUCUACAACGCGUCAGGCGGAACGGACUGUCUCUUUAGCUUGCCCCCACACGGCGGCCCCUUUGGAUUUCCUCUCGGAUCCGAGGGCCUUCCAGUCGGGUCGCCAGGAGCUGCGCUGCUGGAGUCUGUCGAGACGAGACUUCUUCAGCCCCUUGUCGGGCUUCUCACCGAGUCUCUUUUGAUGGGAGCGACCGCGAGGCGGGGAAAGGCUGGCUGGCGGCCUGAUCCUUUUGGAGAUGCGUUGGCCUCUGUCGCGAGCUCCGUGGGGUCUCCCAUGCACUUUGGAGAAGCCGGCGCACAUCGAGGUUCCGCGCUUGUGCCCCAGCACGUUUCUUCGGCGGUGCACUCCUCAAACCCGUUCGAGGGCGGCUUUCCACCUCAGUUCCAGACACCGUCUCGGGGCUCCCUCACAGGUGGGGCGGAAGGCCUCCAGGACGCCCAAAGUCUGCUCGGCGCGUCGCCGGCGGCGCCCGCGGCGGGUCGAGGCCUGGCGCUGGCGGCGCUGUCGGAGUAUGUAGACGCCAUCCGCCACACUUUGUCGGGUUCGCGCCCUUCGUUUUUCUCCCCGUCUGCGGACGCGAGGGGACGCUGGUCGUUCUCGGGGCAGAGAGAGGGUGCUUCCACGGCGCCGGGCUCUCACCACGACGACUCAGGUUCGCCCCUCGCGCUCAGCCGAGCGUCGCCUCUAUCUUCGCCGACCAACAGCUCCAGGCUUCCCACGGCGCUCGGAAGCGCUGGAGAGACGACGCGUGGGAGCACCGCGAGCAUCUUGUUCGCGGUGGUCAGGCGCAUUCUUGCAAAGAGGAUUCACGCCUGCACUGCGGCGACGCCACGCGACGAGCGGGUGGAGGGGCUUGUCCCCCGCUCGCACUCAAAGGCUUCAGAGAGAGAGAGGCCCAGUUUGAGGUCUCCCUCUUCAACGCUCUGCUGCGCCGCCCUGGCUGCCUUGCCUGGCGGACGGGAGGCGGCGGCGGCCUCUAACGCGGCGGAGGACUCUCUCCGCUACGACGAGGAGACCGACGUUCUAACCCGCUGUCUCGAUGCUUUGCUUCUUCUCUCGCUGCACGGCUCGUCUCUCAUCUCUCUCUUGGACUUCUUCAGGUUCCUGCAGCAGCUCGUGGCUUCCUUAGACUACGCAGAUGCGGCGCUUGAGCGCGCGGCCGCCAAGAGGAGGCACCUCGCGGACGCCGCACGUGACGAGAGGGCCUCCGGAGGCGUGGCCGCAGGCGGCGGUGGAGUGCCGAGCGCUCCCGUCUGUGGGGCUGCGACAAGGCGCACACCGGAGGGCGAAGAGAGACUGGGAUGGAGACCUUCGAACGGCAAUGCCGGGUCUGCGGCUGCCUCGUCUACCUUCUUCGGGACAGAUAGAAUGGGAAUGCCUGCCGCGCAUUCAGCGAGCUUCAUGUCUCACCCCGCCUCUGCAGUGUCGGAAGAAGAGCAACUUCCAGCAGGCCCCAGAGAGCACCCGGGACGAGGCGGAGGCCCUUCCUCCCCCGCGGCCCGACCGUUGCAUCCUGGAGGCCCGCAGUUGAGCGUCAAGCAUCUGACUCUUCCAGGAGAGCUCGGCGCGUCAUCUUGCUGUCGUUUGUCUGUGGAACACGUCGAUCGUGAUGCUGCCUCGCCUCUCCACUCUCCGCCUUCCGCGGCACCGCAAGCCUCUCUCUCCCCCAAUUCACAGGCUCUCUGUCGUGCGUCUCACUCCUGCGCGUCGUCUCGCGACCCUUCCUCGUGGGCGACCCCAGGCGUCUCUCCCGAACCGCGGAAACCCCUUCUCGCUCCCGCAUCGUAUCCGUCUCUGCAGCUUUUGGAGCUACUCGCUCUUCAGUUCCCUCUUACCUUCUCGGAUUCGUCUGCCUCCACCGGCGGCCUCGACCGCGCAGAAACGGAUGAGGCACCCACUGAGGGGCCGAAGAUACCGUCUUCAUCGCUUCUCUCUGCGCCGAUUCCCGCGUUUGGCACGUAUUGCUUCCAGAUCACUGUCGAGCUCCACGACCCUCUCCUGUGGGGCUUCCCCCUUCCGUCUCCGAGCGCGAGCGGGCGACGGGGUGCGGAGGCCCUUGGCGGGUUGCCCGCCGGCGAGGGCUUCGCGGGCUCGUCCACACACGCGGGCCCCUGCGCCGUGGUCACGCCGGGGGGAGGGCGGUACUACAGCCGCGACGACGUCGCGGGCGGGCUCGGCGCCAAGAGCGCGGGAGCGGCGAGCAACGGGCAGCGCUUUCUCUUGGGGCAUGCGUGCGAGGGCGACGUGUCCUGCUGCCUGGAAAUCAUUUACGGGAACGAGCGGGGUCUCCGCCUUUGCCCCGCACGGUCGUCCGCAGCAGGGGGCGGCGCGCCCCCUGGCAGCGGAGGCGCCGCGGAAGAAGACCUGCGAGUGCUUUUGCGCUUGGAGCUGAAUCACGACGCGCUGGUGGUGUGGGCCUACGAGGAAGAGGAGGAGCCCGUCUCGAAGAAGAGUUCCUGGGUCACGAAGGAACAGCGCGAAAAACUCGAACGGUAUGCGCGGGAGCUUCUGCCAGCCGAGUUCGCGAACGCGCCGGCGCCCCUGUUUGCUUCGUCGCGGAGGCGAACCGGCUCCGACGCGCUCUGCUCAGAAUCAGACAGCGAGCCCGGCGGCGGCAGGGAGGACAGAGGACAGAGGCGCGACAAGUCCGUCCGCGCUGCCCUCUUCGAUCUGCGAGGCAUCCACGCCGUCGUCCUGGACAUCCUUGUCGACAACACAGGCGAGGGAGAAGGCGCCGCUCGCGAGUGGUUGCUCGGCGACCCUGAGCUUCAUCGCCGAGCUGCGGCGGCGGCGUCUCCUCGGGGAGGAGACAAGAGCGAGACCACCGAGAGUUUCGCCGUCUCCGAGGACUGGAGCGAGGCCUCGCACUGCGGGCGGGCGGAUAGUCUAACGAACGACCUCUCCGGAGGAAAGACGUUUGGGCGCGGCGACGCCCUGGAGGAGGAGGGAAGGUCCUCUGAAGACGAGACCUCCACUGCGUCCUUCGCGUCGGGAGUCAGCGAUGAAAGGGAUGACGGCUUGACGGGGGCGAGCGGCAGACGCCGGGGCUCGUGUUCGUCCCACUCUUCAGACUCGUUCUCGGCCUCGGAUCAGCUGUCUGCGGCGUCGCUGCCACAAUAUCGCGGCAGCAGGACCGAGACAAACCUCCUCGACCUGGAAAGCUUCCUGAAGCACUGCUGCUUUGCUCUUCACAACAUCGUUCUCCGAGCGCGACCGCCGACUCGCGUCUGUGGAGAGGAUUCACGACGCGCAGCCGCAGAAGACGACGAGGAAGAAGGGUCCUCCAACGACAAAGCGGAAGAAGCAGACGGCCGCAUCGGCGACGCCUUUGGCAUACUCGCAGCUCCAGGAAAGGCUCUUGUGCUGCUUGGCGGCUUCCUGGACGCCCUCGAACUACAGUGUGGUGCUCUGAGGCGGGUAAAGGAGGAGGCUGCGCAGACGUGUGCGCUGGCUGGGCAUCGCCUGGGAUCCGGCGGGAGGCCUUGCCCCGAGCGAGACUCUGCGGGCCCCGGCAGAAUUGGCCGCGGUCUCGGAGGGCAUUCUGGGGGAGAGAGCUACGACGCAGUUUGCGCAAGCGCUGCCUCUUCUCCGUCUUCCCUCCCCGCGUCGUUAGCGAAUCACUCUUCGUGCGCGUCCUCUCCCUCGUUUCAGUACUGCGCCUCUAGCCCCACGAAUCUGCCUCACUUUCACCCGCCCCCCGGACUGUCUUUAUCCUCCUCGGCUUCUGCUUCUUCGUCUCCCCCGCACGGCGACGCCAGUUCGCCAGCGCACUCGCUGAGGUCUGCUCCGCCGGGUGCGAGAUCGUUUUUCACUGAGGACGACCGCCACGGUCUCGAGAGAGACGCCGGUCGAUUCAACAGACCCGGAGCUUCAGAGCGCGCCCCCAACGCCUCGUGGGGAUCCCCUGUGUCACCUUGUGGCGGACAGAGAUACGCCGACCUUUGUGCGAAGUGGCGAGGCCGCGCAGAGGUCUGCUGCUCGUUACUAGGUUCGUUCCGCGCCUUCCUCGAGGACUCACGUGUGACACUCGAGCUGCAGGAGCAGUUAGCACAGCAGCCCCAGGUCCUCGAUCGCCUCAGCUGCAUGCUCCUGGACUGCCUCCUUUUCCUUUUGAAGCAUGAGCCGCCUCCGCCGUUCAUGCUUUGUCGCGCGGCGCGGUAUGUGCUCGAGGAAGCUCGCAGGACUGCUUGCUACGGAAAUCCCUUCCAGGGGCCGAAGAUGGAGCACUCUCGUCGCUUCUCAGGAGCUUCGACGUGCGCCGCAGAGACGCAAGUUGGCUUGUGGAAGGGCAUGGGGGUGCCGGUGCCCGCCGGCUGCCCCGCCUCAUCGCCUUCGUCCGUGCUUCACCUUGCCGGCAACCUGCUUCCGCCGGGGGACAGGUAUGCAGCCGCGCGGAUGAUGAGCCCGACUGGCGGCUCCACGUGCUCGUCGCCUCUGGCGCGGCGGCAUGCGCAAGAGAACCCGCCAGUGAGUCCGGCGUCUUCGGGCUCGUCGCCUCUGCUUGGCUUCCGCCGGGCCGCGCGACGAGAAAGCCAUGGGUCGGUGACGUCUCUCUCCUCCUCUCAAGGCUCGCUGGAUGCGUGCGCUGCCUCGUCUAGGGGGGGGGGCAUCGCCUUCAGCGGCGCUGACCCGCUGCCGCAGGCAUCUUGCGCGUCGUCGGCCUGCUCCCCUGCCGGCUCCGGCCCUUCGUUAUGCUGCGCCCUGUGCUUCUGUCGAGGCGUUCAAGAGGAAGUCGACGCAGGCGGCGCCACCUGGCUCCUUCAUCGAGCAGCUUUGAAGCUGUUUGCGGCUCUGAAGGCCCCUCUGCUCACCCCCAUUCUGUGGAGAGUGCCCCCCGAGAGACUGCAGCUCCUGCUGCAGCUGCUCGCGUCGAACAAAUGGCCUUUCGAGGACAGCCUCGUCCGCAAGGUGCUGAGUGUUUUGGACUCGACAGGAGGUUGCCAGGUUGUCGUUCACCGUCUCCUCCGGGAGGUGAAGACAGACGUCGGGAGGCGGGGCGAGCACCAGGCAGAAGCGAAGGCGCUGAGACGCAAGAAGGAAGAUAGACACCUCCGCGUCGUCGCUGCGUCGCGACGGCGCCAUCCCUCGCCUUUCGAUCCUUUCGUGCCUCGCGCCUCCGCCACGAGUUUGCCAUGCAGCCCUACGCAUGGAGACAAAACAGCAGCAUACGGCGAUCGCUACGUCGGCCGCGAAGCCUUGGGCAGACUUGCUGCAGACGAAGGUUUCGCUGCAGAGGAGCGCUAUGGGGGGGGCGGCAGGUCUUCCGCGUCCUCCAGCACCUCCGCAUUCGCGUCUUCCGCCAGCCCCAGCCUGUUCACUGUGUGGCACCCGUCAACGUCCUCGCGCCGGGGCUUCUCUCUGCUGGGACGCGAUAGCGACGUGGGGUCGCGCUCUCGUCCGCUGCGCCGCGUCUCGUUUUCCGGCUCCCCGUCUGACUCGUCCGCCGCCGCUCUCGGCCUUAAGCGGAAACGCCUGCGGCGCGGGAGCCUGUUCCCUCACUUGCGCACCGCUGUCGGAUCGGGGGCCGUGCGCGGGCCUGCUGCAGACUCUCAGCGGAGCUUGGAGACCGCCGCGGCUCGGGUCGAGGCCCUGCGUUUGUCCCUUUCCUGCCUGGAGGAGAGCGGCUUCUGGCCGUUCUUCCGCUCGCUAGCCUCCGAGGCUGAGCGCCAGGUGGAAGAGGCUCUCCGUCCGCCUCCUCUCGCGCGGCUCGAUGACUGCGCAGGUGGGGGACAGGGAGGCGGCGCUGGGGCAGGGGCGUCGACGCACUACACGGCAGGAUUCUCGAGAGACAACGCUGCCAAGCUCUCGUCUCCUCCCUACUACCACAUCUCCUAUCCACAGCACGCUUCCGAGGACUCUCUCGUGCGCAUAUCACGCGCCAGAGACGCGGCUCGCUUUGUUCUGUGCCCCCACAUCGUGUGCAGCCCGACGUGUGGACUUGCCUUGAGCGCAGCGGCAGCAGCUGAGAAGGCGGAAGCAUCGCCGUUCCGGUGGACUUCGUUCGUGUCUCGCACGUCUGGUUUCUCGCUCGCUGCGCUCUGCGGAACUGCCUUUUACUACCGCUUCCAGCUGCUUCACCGCGGUCUCUUCGACGCCGCGGCGGCGUGCGGAGAGUCGCCCGCGCCUCCCAAGCUCCGCGACGCUGCGGCGAGCGCUGGAGGGAGCGUCUCGGAGACGCUGUUGUCGUCCCUCUGGGUCUCCCUCGGAGGCGACGACGGCGGUCAGUCGAGCUAUCCCCUCCGUCGCGUGAGGCGAGAGGCAGAGGUCGCUGAGAGCUGGAGGACGCCAGGCAUUGCGGGAGAAGUCACGGGGCUCGUGGCUCGCCACGCAGCCCAGAGGUGGAUCAAGCAGCUCCUCGUCUACCUGGCCAUGCCCGAUGACGCGCUUGCGCAGCCGUCCGAAGGCCAGGGCCAGGCAGACGGGCUUGGCUCCGAUGACGCCUCCACGUGGCCAGUCCAGAGUCACGCGAGCGCGCUGCCUCCGACUCCUCUGCAAGGCGCCGCAGAAGAGUUCGCUUGCCCGCGUAAGGACAGCGCCGCUAAUCGCCUCCUUUCUUCCUCCUGUCGCCCUCCGCCGAUGUCCGCCGCCUGGCUGGCGGCUCGCCGUCGGCCUGGCGGCUGGUCAGGAGAAGAUCAGCACCUCCGGAGACUGGAGGACGCCUGCAGCUGCUUGGAAGAACUUCUGCGCCGCCUCCUCGCAUCGGGUCACAGCGUCCUCGCUGCGAUGAUGGACGCACUGGUUCUCUCUGAUGGCCUUCAGCGUUUCGUGCCUGUCAACGGGUCUGGGCUACGAUCCGCACCGAAGGCAGCGAACUCAGCCGCACAGGCACAAGCGCCUCCUCCGUCCGGAAGGGGAAGCGAGGCCCGCGGGCCUGCAACACAUGCAAACCCAAGCAGCUGGGUGACUCCGCGGCGAGGGUCGUCUGGCCUCUGUAGUGAGGGAGUCGGCGACUACCCCAGAACGGGGACCUCGGAUGAAGACGGCGAAGGAGGGAUGAGACGAGACUUCGCCAGCUACUACUCAUUCCAGGAGCGAGGCGUGCCUGGGGAUCAAGAGGUAGUCUCAGAUGGAUGGAAAGAGCCAGAUGCAGCAGAGGGACAGACACGAGGCGCGGAGACGACGGCACAUUCGGAGGUCGCGUUCGCUGCCGCAACUCUGGCGCCCGUCGAAAUUCCAGUCCAGGGCACAGAGUUUGGGCCGCCCACGACGGGUUUGCCUCCUCCCUUUGUUCACGGGUGCGCGUACCUAAAGACUGCAGUUCUCCGCGUGCUGACGCAGUUCACGUCUCUCCUUGCGUGCUUCGAGACCUCGGAAGCGGGCAGCGCCGGUGAAGAGACGGGCGACGACCUGGAAAAAGCGAUCUACGAGCUAGCAGGAGAAGCGCCAGACGGCAACAGCGAGAGCACCGCCGGGGGGCGAGGCAAGAAGAACUCCGCCACGGUGCUUGCCAUUGUUCAAAUGACUCUACGCCUGUGGCCGCUUGUGCUGCGCCUUGGGCUUCGCUCGCUGCUUCUCCUCCGCCAGCUGAGCUCGUGUGCGUCCGAGGCAAGCGAAGACUAUUGCCGCGCCGAUAGCGAAAACGGUGGCCUGGCACAUCAUUUUGUGCGCACGCAUUCCAAGCCACAGAGCGUCUUGCAUCCCAUUGUCGAAGUCUGCCUGGGCUUUGUUGCCAUCACCAGCCACAUCCUGGUGUGCCUCGGGUCAAUUCCGUCUUCCCUAGCCGCCUUUGAGUCCGUCGCUUCCUGCCAAUGCCUUGCGGCAGCCGCCGCUUCCCCCGCCGCGGCGUCGCCGCUGAGCGCUAGCCCGCCUUUCCCGGGUUCGCCCUCGUCGCUUCUCGGGAUGGGCACCUCGCCUCUGGCGUCGCCGACCGGCGCCGCCAGCGGUUUGCUGGCGAGUGGCGGCGGCGAGAAGAAGAACAACAGCUACACGGAGCUGACGCGAGUCACCGCUGGACUGCCGCCGCUCCUCCUCACAGGCGCCAGCUAUCGCGUCGCGCCCGCGGGUCACGGCUUCCAGGCCGUCGAGGGCGCCCUGCGAGGCAGCAUUCUGAUGCUGCUUGAAUGCACAGCCAAGACAGAAGGCACGCUCCGCACGAAUCACUUCAGUCUCCCUCGGGCGGUUCAAGACUUUCUCUCUGCGACGCAGGCCUCUGCAACGGCGGCUGCUGCUGCGGUUGACACAGGGGGCGGAAGGCCCGCUCUGGGCGCGGAGAGAACGAGGACGGGUCAGCCAGAGCGCGAGGGCGAGGAGAUAUGCCCGAGCCAGCGGGGAGCACAUUUUGCGGGCGGAGCUCGCGGCCUAGAUGGAGGGCAGGAGAGCGAUAGCCUGAGAAGAGGCGAUCCCCGGCGGGGAGAGAACGGGACGAGCGAGUUUCACGCAGGGACGUUCAGCUUGGCUUCCUGCGGAAGCCGAAAAAGAGGGAGCUAUUCUGGCGGCGGCUCUGCGGGCAGCUUAUCGUCGAGCGCGCCCGCCCACUUGCCGGGAUCAUCGCCACCCGAAGCGACGGGGUUGAGGCUGCCGCCGUCGUCCGCGGCGCUGCCUCCCCUCUCAUCUCUGGCGUGGGAGGAUGCGGCUUCUGCUCGUCUUCCGGCACCUUCACAGAUCUCUUCGUCUUCUUCGGCCGCAGUGCGCGACCCACACGCGGAGGGCUCCGCGUCUUCGUCGAAGGGGAAACUCUCGUUCGCCUCGCGCCCGCCGUCACCUCCUGUCUCUCCCUCGCCCGUACUGCUUGCGCUCUUCAGAGGUGACCCCGAAAUCUCGGCUGCCUUCGGACCCACCUUCCGCGCGUUCCACCCCUCCCUCGCGUCGAUUCAGCAUGGGAUCUCUGCUGCGCUUCUGCAUUUGCUCGGCUACCGCGGCGACCCGCGGGUUCCCCACGGAGACCAGUUCUCAGGUGCGUCCUACGGGGCGGCGGAAACCCUGAGGAAGACCCACGCAGGAGUGUCCGCGCUGGAGAGAGAAGGCGAAGCUGCUUACGAUGAAUUCGCACCAGGAAAGAUGCGCGUGGGCGAGUCGACUACGGGGGAGGAGGAAGCAAGAAAUCGCAGCAGCGACUCGACAGCAGGCUCGCGGCCGCCCCCAACGCUUGUGCAUCGCGGCGGAAUCCAUCAUUCCGGGUUCAAGAUCCAGGGGGGCACGGGCCCGCUCUUCGCGAGGGGCGAGCCUAGCGCCUUAGUGGACCUGCGCUACGCUGCCUACAAGGAAAAACGACGAGAAGAAGCGCUCCUCGUGCUCCAGAUCGCCUCGACCGAGUCUCGCAAGGCUGUUAUCCAGCUUCUAGCGCGGUGGCAGCGCCGCAAGGCCCAACGUGCGGCGGAAUCGGCGCCGCCGUGUGCGGGCGAGGAGACACGUGCCAGCGGCCAUCUAGACGCCGCGGAGGGCAGCGACAGUUUCCGUGGACCUGGAAGUGACGAGUUCGGCGUCCCCGCCUCUGGAGGCCCGUUGAGCGCCUCGUCGCCGUCGGAUGCCAGCCCCUUCGGCUCGUCUUUCCCGAGGACGAGCGCGAGCGAAGGAAAAAGCGAGACUCAGGCCGGCGCGCGCCCGUUCACAGUGCCCGAGGAAACGCUUCGUGCGGAAGAACGCCGGCAGAUUCUCAAGAGGUGCGAGUGGAUUCUUCACGUGUGUCCCGCGGGUCUCCUGGCCCCGCCAGGAGGGUCCCUGUACGCCACGUCGCCUCUGCUGCUUCGUCGCGGCGGAGGCUGGAUGGAGAGCACGGUGUCGACAAACGCGCGGUGUGGAGCGGGCUUCAGUCCGCCCGCCAACCGUUUGUUUGAAGACGAAGCGGGGCUGACCGCUUCGUACCCGCCUGCCGUUCCGGGUUUUGUCCCGUGUGCGGGCCCCGCGGGUGCCCGCCACCAGGGUCGAUCCCUCUCUUGCGUGGAGUCGAUAAGCACGGCGCCUCUGUAUCGCGUGGUUGUCGGGCCUGAUGGGCGCACCAACAUCAUCUCGACGAGUGGAGAUCUGUGCGGGGCCGGCUCUGUGGGCGCAGUAGACCCGUUGGGCGAUUUCUGCGCCUCCGCCUCUGCAGUUGGUGGCGCCGGCGGCGUGCUGCUUCUUUCUUCGGACUUGUCGCCAAGGCCAGGCGGCCUGCAAGACCUUCUCUCGCACCAAGCAGGCCCCUGCUUCGUCGUUGGGGACCCUGCGUCUGCGUGCGCCUCGGGCGCUUCGCUGCCGCACCCGGGGUCUCUCUCGCGAAACAUGAGUCUGACGAGUGUCUGCCUUCCGGGCGCAGAUCGCUUGGCGAGGUGUCUGCCUGCGCCUCGGCACUCAGGCUCGGGCCUGUUCCUUGUGCCUCCGCGACGCGCGGGGCUCUCCUCGCGGCAGUUCGGGGGCAUGUACGCCUCCAAUAGCUCGGGGCACCUGGGGCCGGUCGUGACCUUCUUCGACGGCGGAGUCUCGCGGCCGGGCAGCGCGGGGCGACUGACGAGCGCCGAUGGCGUGCUGAGGCACUCGGUGACGCCCAACCUGGAGGUGCUCAGACGCCUCAUGAGCAGCCGCACGUUUGCAGCCAUAGACCGGCAGGCGUCUUUCCCCGCCUGGGCCGAACGAGGCACCGGCGGAAGACUCCUGACGGGGAGAGUCGGGACUCACGUCGGCACUGACACGACGGAGGGCACUCCGCGGGACAGCUUCCGGCUCGUCUCCAACGGGACGACCGCCUUUGAGUUCUUUGGGCCCCAGUCGCCAGGCCCCACUUUCAUGGACUUCUCCUUCCUCUCCCCCUCGCCCCUUACGACGGGUGCGGGCAUGCGCAUGCUCCCGUCUUCCUCCUUUUCGUUCGGCCGAGGCGAGGGCGACACACAGGACAGCGCGGUCCACCUGACGCAGAGCGCGGCUGGCGAUCCUGCGGAGCCGCUCGCUGUCAGGAGAAGCAGCGUGCGAAGUGGAGACGACUCGCUGGCUGAGGGAUGCGGCGACGACGAGCAGAAGGAAUGCGAGCACGAGAGGGCGGAAAGGGAGGCUCUCUCCUCCUGCGAGUGGCGGCCGUCCGUGGGCUUACAGGGGCCGCCUCAUCCGGCGUGCUCGCGACCGCCUCACACACCCGUGUACGCGCCCACGGCGUCCUCGUUGCCUUUGCCGUAUGUGCCGCACGUCUCACCCCUAGUUCUGGAGGAAGAGGAACAGGAGAAAGAAGAGGCGCUGGCUGCCUUCCUGGGCUUCCUGAUGGACGGCCCCGAGGUCGGCGCGGCCGAGCGCGUCUUGCGUAUCGAGCAGCUGUCGUCUCUCUGCCGCUACGUGAUGCUGAGGAGUCUGAAGGCCCUGCUGCUCGCUGGCAUCUGCGGCAACGUCCCCAACAUUCGGGGUCGAGUCGGCGCAGGCCUGGGCCGGUCCUUCGCGAACCGCGAAAGAGCAAAAUCCAAAAAGAGGACCUUGCGGGAGAAAACGUGCCGCGAGCCGCAGGCUGCCUCACACAAGGCUCCGCGCGAUGCGAAGACGGCGGCGACGGGGGCGGAGGACUCUGGGACCGCCAUCCCCGACUCCGCGCCGCACGCCGCUGUCGAGUCUGCUUCACAGUCUCUUGCCUCGGACUUUUUGGAGAAGUCGCACCAGCGCCACCGCGCCUCUCGAACGGGGGGCCCGCAGGGCAGGGGACCGCUCUCUUCUCUUUGCGGCGGCGAGGACGACGCGGGGGUGGCGUAUUCCAGCGUUCCGUCCGAGAGCGGGAACGACGAGAGGCGAGGCUGUCGGAGCUCGACUCAGGCCAUUCGGGGAAGGAAGCGCGAAGAGGAAGCCUGUGCGAUGCUGCUGACUUCCUCUUCCGCCUCGGUCUACUUCCAGCCCUCUCUCUCCACCGCGCCCCGCAGUCGGCGGUCAACUCGCUGGCCAGUUCUGCUCGACCUGCUCGUGCCCAUCGCCUCCCGGAGCUCGGCAGAGCGCCAGUCGCCGGCGACGGGCCCGAGUGGAGCGGCGGUGCGGUUUGCCGGGUGGAUGCUCUUCAAGCUCCUCCAUCGCGUGGGAUGCAUGAUGCUGGCAAGCCAGCCCGCGGCGACCGCAGACGCCUCGCUGUCCUCCCUUCUGCGUGCAAAGGAGGAGAGCGCGUUCGGGAUCGGCGGCAAGAGCUGGGCGGUGUCGGGCGACGCAGACUUUUGCACGUCGCCCGGCCGCCUGGUCGGGGACGCCUUCGGCGCGGAGAGAGGAGGCGCUCGCUUUUGGAAGGCGCAGCCCCUCGCGGAGGCGCUGUCUGCUUCGCUCAGCGACGUCGUGAGGGCUGUCGCAGACUGGCACCUGCUUCACAGCCCUCCGCUGAUGGCGAAUCUCGUCGCGCCGCGCGUGGCAGGCGUGUUUGUCUGCCAGCCGUCGGAUUCGCUCUGGCUGGAUUCCUGUCUGCGUCUGCUGACCUUGCACGUCUGCCUGCGGACCCCGCCCCUGGACUCGAGCGCCUACGUCGUUCCGCUCCUUCGUCAACUGCUUUUCCUGGCCUAUCCGCCUCUGCUUUUCCGCCGACGGGGCGCGGCUAGGAGACCCGAGACCGGGGAACGGGGAGCAGAGGCGGCCGAGAAGCAGAGCGAUGGAGGCCGCGCCACGGGCACACGCGAGACAGAAACGCGAGGCGUGGAAGGCGCGAGGCGGAGCGAAGAUGCGACCGAGAGGAAAGACAGGAAAGGAGAGUCCGCACGAGGCGUGGAAGGGUCGGUACGCCCUGGGUGCCCCCCAACGCCCGUCCCGCUGGCGAUGGCUGUGACGGGAGUGAUCAUCCGCUGGACAGCUGGGCUCGUCAGGCAGCAAGGGAUCUCCGAUGCGACACUCUUCCUCACGAAGGAGGGAUUCGAAUUGCAGGAGAAGCUGGUGGUACGAGGCUACCACAACUUUGCUCUUCUGGUUCAACGGAGGCACUCCGCGCCUGCCUUCACGCAGCCGGUCCUCGACCUGCGAAGGGUUACGCCUCUAGCGGUCAACUACGCAGACAACAUUUCUGCGCGACCUUCUUCUCCACUUGCCUCUUGCGCGGCUCCAACGUUUUCCCUGCCUUUGAGACGCGCGUCAUGGAGCAACGAUGGACGGUACGAAGACGCACGGAGACGAAGGGACGCACUGACCUCGCGGCUGCACGACCGGUCGGAGACAGGCUCCGGUCUGUGGCUUCUCUCGGGGCGCCCUGCGAGCGAGCCCGACGGCUUGGAAGAAGUAAUCAGCGACGUCCGCGUGGUGAUUGAAGAUGAGGGACCCGUCUCCGAAGAGUCGGCAGUGUCUCUCCUUCCCACCGGACGCCAUAGCUUAUUUCCGCCGACCUUCUCCUCGGAAUACCCGCCGCUGUCUUCUGACGCGCUACGCACACGAGGCUACAGGCGCGAGGCCGGCAUCCAAGUCGGCGGCGGCAUCACGUGUCGGGUCUGGGUCCUUCGGGGCGCGUUCGUCUACCACGCCCCGCCCUCGCGUGCUGUCCCUAUCUCGACUGAUCUGCGCCAACUGGCUUUCGGCUCGUGUGAAGCCGCGGCGGAAUCUUCCCUCUUUGCGUCGCCUGUAGCGGAUUCCGCGGCGGGCGUCCUCGGGGAGAUUAGCAGACAGAGUUUGCUCGCGCUCGCUUCAGGCCGUGGAGAAGGGACAGAAGAUGCUCAGCUGCUGCGCAGCGAGGAGAAGAGAGCCGCUGCUGCUGCCGCCAACAAGAAGACUGUCUGCUGCGCCUCCAUGCGCGAAUAUCGGGGUGCGGCCAAGCUCCUCCAGCGACGAGGUUGGGAGCUCUUCAAGGCUGCGAUCUGGGCUCUCCUGAGUGGCUUGAGGUCGAUCGGAGGCGAACGAGGAGACGACGAGGAAGAGGCACAACAAGACGUGUGGGGCGACGUCGCGUACGACCGGAAUGGAGGAGCGCCAGGAGGGAGACAGGGCGGAGAAAAAAUCGCGAAAGACGAUGCUCACCGCUUGAGAGAGAAGCCAAGUGGAGACGGUGUGUCUCUGGCGGAAAUGAUCUCGGCUGCCGAUGCUGCAGCCGCGGAGAAGCGGAGACGAGAUAGACAGGGCGUUGUCUUGCAGGCUGCAGUAGGAGGAAAACGCGCAAAUGACGUCGACCAGGUUCUGUCGAGACGUGAACAAGAGCAGCGACAAAGGCGCCUGGUGGCCGAGGAGGUUUUGAAAAUGAUGAUUGUCGCGAUGAUGCGUCUAACCUCGACGCUGGAGAGAGGAAAACAACUGAGGGAGGACGCGGCCGCGAAGCUCCACGCCGCGCAGGAGGCUUCAGCCACGCUGUAUCUUUUUCAUCGACAGCGAUUCCACCUGCAGCUGCGUCAGAGACCAAACAUGGCACACAGACCAUCCCCGCCAGGGAGCAGUCGGCUGUCCAGCUGCGGCUUUGCCCCCCGAAGCAGCAGCUGCCUCUCCUCGUCGAGUGUGCUGCCCGCCAGCCACACUUUUCCGAGUCGCUUGCCUUCCUCGUCAAGUCUCUCGAGGGAUCGCGGGGAGUUCGCCCACAGCAGAGGGCUGUCGUUCUCACGCACGGGCAGCGGUCUAGGCCUCUCGUCCCUCGCGGACGGCAUGCCUGUCGGCGUGACAAGCCCUUGGCCGUCGCAGUACGCGAGCCUGUCGCGCCUGUCUUCGCAGCUCGAUCCUCGCUCCAUGGCUAGCGUCCUCGAAGGCGAGAACGAGGAAGACAGAUCCGCGUCGCACACACCCGUGCCGGAAGACCAGCGCGGGGAGGAUACACAAGCUCGACUCACGCCAGCUGGAACAGACCUGAAGGAUGACGACGCCACAGACGCCGGCGAGGACGACGGGAUCUCCGUCCCCAGACAGCUGGCGGAGAAAAUUGCCCUCGCGGCCGAGGACGCCUCCAAGGCCGCCCGAGAAGCUCAAGCUGCGGCCGCACUGGCACAGGAAGAAGGCAGAGAGGUUGAGGCCGCCGAAACCUUCAUCGAACAGAUGCUUGAACUCCUGCUUGCAUGCGCUCAACAAUCGCCCGCAGCCGCCGUGCUUACGGUUGGAGUUCUCACGUCCAUUCGCGAGGCAAUCUUGGCGAAGCUGGAGCCGCUUCUGCAGCGACCGAGCGUGAGGUCUCUCCUCUAUCGCCUCUUAUACGUCUGUGUGCGGGCUGUGCCGCCCAGCGCUUCGUCUCUGUGUUAUGGAGAAGCGUUCAGGGGGGUGCCCCGCGCUAUGGACAGAUGCGGACGGGCAACAGAGGACGGGGCCUUCCGCGACUCGCCCCAGCACCAGACACAGGCAGCGGCCAGGGGGUCUGAGCCCGAGGCUGGGCUGCCUGAGUGGGGCAGCAGGGGGCAGAAGGCGGACCUCUCGGAUGGGGAGGGAGCCCUGGUGGAGAAGAAGCCGAGCGUGGACAAGCCUCGUGACGCAGAAUCGGCAGAGGCAGCGCCCGCGCGGUGGCUGCCAGCUCUGCUGCCUCUGCAUCCCACCGGAGCGCUGGUGAGCUGCGGAACCCUGGUUGUCCUCGAAAAACCCACAGAAGAAGAGGAGUCAGAAGAGCCCUCGAUUCGCGGUGCAGGCGUCUACCCGCCGCAGCCCGCUGCACACUCGGCUUUCCCUGCAUCGGCCAUGGAGACCAGCGCGGAGCUGCCAGGGGGCGCCGCGCCGGCGACCGCCCCCUCAGCUGUGCCCGUGGGUGACCUGGCUGCUUCUCAAGCACCUGUAGAGUCCCCUUUUUCGGCUUCUUCUUCUGUCGCACCAGCCCCCUCUUCCGAGCCUGCAUGGCAGACGCUGCCGAGCGCCUUCGAACAUGGACCUCAGCAGGGUCGAGCGGGAGACGCCACGUUGCCGUCAGCGUCGUCUAUUGCUCGCGACAGUCUGUCGCCUCAAGUGGCAAAUGUCCCCCAGUCGCCGGCGACGGAGACGAUGUUCCACUAUGCGCGGCCAGGAGAAAGUAUCUCCGCGGACGCGACAGAGGCCGGAGGCGAAAACAGCCAAGCGCCGUCCGCGGCCGCCUCCGGAGCGGCGCCCGCUACUGGCGGGGGCCAAACGGCGAUGAAUGGAAGCGACCCCUUCUCGCAGCUCUUCCCGCCUCAAGCAGAUCCGCUCUUGCUUCUGUUUCGAGAUCCGCCGCGGCCUUCCAAUCACCCAGGCAUCGCCCAGGCUGGCCCAGGGGCUGUAGGGGCCCCUUCGGGUUCGUCGUCUUCUCCUGGGUUUGCCUCUGUCCCGCUUCUCUCAGGGGCAUCCAGUUCCAGCGCGGGUCUCCCGCAGCAGAGCGUCGGAGACCAAGCAGUACCCUUGCCUUCGCCUGAGAGCCCCGUUCCUUCUUCGUCUGCUUUCCCUGGGCACCAGCGUGUGGUGUUCUCUCCCAUGGCUCCUGGGGCGAUGCCCCUCACGCCUGCAUCCGCGCCGCCUCUCCCAGCCGCUCAAAGCACUCGACCUGGCAGCGGUGGACGCGAGAACCCGAUGGCGUUUGCCCUCGCGAUGCCUCAUCACGCCCUUCCGCCGCCGGCUGCGGCUGGCCUUUCCCUGCCUGUCGGCGCUGCUGGUCCUGUGCACCCCGCGGGAGCUGCCCCCGGGACAGCGACGCCCCAGCCACUGGCCGCGCCGGGGGAAGGAGACCCUGGAAGCGGGGUCUCGAUGUUUUCCUCCCCUGCUUUGGCGCAGGAGGCGUCGCCGCUUACGCGCCCGCCUGCGGCGGCGACGCCCGGCGUCCACGCGCAAGCUGCACCGUCUGCAGCUCCGCCCGCCUCCGCUGCUGUCGGCGGAGCCCCAGCACCAUCUCCCGCGAACGUUUUCGAGGGGUUGCCUCAGUCGGAGAUCUUCGUCUGUUCGCGCAGGGGUCCAGAUUUUGAGGCCGAGGUGAUUGGGGGGCGGACACUCCACGUGUUGAGGGCGCGAGACCUCGGCGGCGUCGUUCUCUGUCGCGCCCCGCUGACGUUCCCCGCUCUGCAGGUCGACGAGGACGACAACAACCCGCCGGAUGUGUUGAACUUCCGCGUGCUCACGUCUGGCCGCUUCGGCGUCACAGUGGCACCGGCGGACUGCGUGCUGUCGAAUGCGCAGGAAGUCUUUGAGCGGAACGACGUCGUCGGCUUCCGGACGGAGAGCUGCCCGCCGUACGCACAGAACGUGUUUGCCACACACGUGCCCUACCAGGAGGGCGACUUCCUUUCAGUUAAAUUCAACGUCGACGUCCAGCCGAACGGGGAGCGGUGCCUGCACACCGAGCUGCAUGUCUCGGGUGAGAGCAUUGGCUCCGUUCUCGAGGUCUUCUUCGACCUGGAAAGCCAGGCCGAGCAGCACAGACGCAUGAACCUCGUCUUCGUGCUCCAAGACCCAAUUACCAUCGUCUACGAGGGCCCCCCCUUCUCCCUCGACUUCGUGGAUCCCACAGGCGGACUGAACGCUGCGCUGGUCACGCAGCCGACCGCGGGCGACGGUGAGGCCGCGGCAGGCGAUGGCUCAGGUGCUGGCGGCGUUGACGGGGCAGAGGAGGACGAAGAGGAAGAAGCUGAAGUGAAGGAAUGGACCUCCCGGGAGAAGCCUCUGUUUAUGGACUCCCUCAGGCUAUACCAGUCAAUUCUUCUCUCAGACAGUCGGAUGCUGCGGCCGCUUCGAGGCGAAAUCCUCACUGGAUUCUUCAGCGUUUUUGCGUCGGCAGCCACUGCGGCAGAGAUCUUGCAAAGCUCUCUCGAAGCUGACAGGAAAGCUCUGCGGAAAGCAGCUUCUGGGCAUCUCCGAGCCAGACGGGGAGGCUUUCAGGAGGUCUUCUCAUUCACGCCGGGGCUGGAGCCGCAGGCGCGGGUGCCCAGCUACGGUGAAUUCGCAGAGAUCCCCACCGGAGCGGAUAUCGUCCAAGACGCCGCACGGAGUUCAGUCCGCCGCUACUCGAGCUCGCGGAUGCGAUCUAGGAGCGGCACCAGCAGCGAUGGGCUCCGAGGCUUCAUCCCGCCUCUCUCUGCGGGCUUGUCAAUCCCGUUCGUGUCCCCCGAGUCGGUAUCACGCCGGCGGCGGGCUUCGACUUCCUCUGCUCUGUCUACCGUACAGGGCAGCGCCUGCCGCUCCCCAUUCCUUGCACCGCUCGAGCUGAGAGAUGCGGGCGCACCAGAUAUCCCCCUGCCCCCUCAAGCGGUCGCAGCUUGUUGCAGUGCUCUGUCGGCGUUGGCCGUUCUGGGCUGCGCUGUCGACGAUACAGACGAGGGGGACCUGGCGGCUUUGCUUGUGGAGUCCGCAGAGGACGGCGACGCGGGAAACCGGGCGAAGGGGCGGAACCCGCCUGGGGAUGCGACCGGGGGGCGAACAGGAGAGGGAGGUUUGUCGCCGGCUGCUCAAAAGAGGCAGCGCGAGGCGUGGCUUCCGUGGCUUGUGGGGCUCUCCAAUCUCCGAGAGUCGGUGGUCUUUGGCCUCCGUCCCUCGGAGUGUCUUCAUCUGCUGGCGCAGCUAGUCGGCCUGCUGCGGUCUCCGCCUGUGGAGGCGGCACUCAGAGAGCUGGCUCUGAAUGGCCAUCUGACGGCCCGCUCGACAGAGGAGCAAACCGUUCAUUCCCUGGUCUUGGCUCUUGGAAGCAAAGCGAUUCUCGUCGGCUGCUUGCUCGUGCGCGCUCUCCUCGCACGGUUUCCAGAGGGGAAGUCGCUUGGAAGCGGAACAGGAGGUGCGGACCUCAGCCUCGCUGGCGACGCGGGUUUCCUGUGUCCCGCCGAGGGGGGACUGCCGGGAAUGCAAAACAUGGGCGACGUCUUCGAGGGCCUGCUGGACGUUGUGCAGACCUUCUGUCUCGUCUCUGCAGGCCUCUACUCGCCAGUGUUGGAGCGGCCGACGGAGGGGGAGGUCAUCGCGCUCAUGCGAAGCAGCCGCCGAAGCGUGCGCCGCCCCUCGUCUGGAGGAAGAAGCGGCGCCGGCCUGGAGGCGCUGCGGGACCGGGACCCUCACAAGGAGGAGAGAGAACCGCUGUCAGCGUCUUCCCUCGACGACCCAGCCGCGUCCGUCUCGUCCUGGGUGUCGUCCUCGUCGGGGUACGCUGAAUUCUUCGCGGGCAACUGCCACUUGUUUUCUUUUUCUUCGUCUGAUGAGCUCCCCAACCCUUCUGCCGCGGAGCCUGGCGGUCCCGCGCCCACCCACCAUCCCUCGGUGGAUGAUGCUUCGCCGCCGGCUGGCUUUGCUGCGUCGACGGAUUCAGAAGCCGCGGCGGCAGCGCCCGCCGCUCAGCCCCGAGCGUCUCAGGGGGAGACGGUCUCCGCGACGGCAUCCGGCGAGGACGCGACGGGACGCGUGCCUCAGCUCCUGCGCCUCGGUGAGAUUGCGCGGCUUGCCGGCGUCCCUGAAGAGGUCCUCCGGAUGGAUAGCCUCGGGAGCCCCAUGACUCUCGCUCAGCCCGUCAUCGCGGUUGAGGAGGUCCCUGUCGUGUGGCGGUGGCUGUUCCGCGUCAACGAGGCCUGGCACACGCUGGCGGAAAACGCCGUCUGCAGGGAAGCUGAGACGCAGCGGGCCCCGGGCAGCCGGCAUCGGCGCUCAAGCGCCGAGACUGAGGCCGGCACAGGCGACAAGAAGACCCGACUGGACGUCAAGAGGAAAGGGAGCACGUCUGAAGCGUCGCAGAGCUACGCGGAAGCGCGGCGCGCCCAUGAAGAGGAGACCGCGGUGGAGAGAGGACGACCGGAGGCCCACAGACGGACAGGGGGCCACACCGGAGAGGCGGAUGGGCGCGGCAAGAAGGACGGCAGGAGGCAAACACGAGAAGGCGUGCGGGAGCCUCGCAAAGCAGCACGGUCAGCGAGGAAGACAGAAGAAAUUCUUGCUUCGUCGGCGCCGUUUCCCGCCAAUCGGCUCUUUUUCCUCAUGCCUGAGCAACAGGACGGACAGAUGUUCACUGAGGAGGCUCCGGACGUGCGCGUCUUCAACUUGGAAGGGUCGUCGCCUUUCUGGACUCGACGUAUCGCCGCGCGCCUCGACGAGUCUCCGGCGCGGUGGGCGAUUCGAAAGGACUUCCUGCAUCUUCUCUGCAGCCUCGCGGGUUUCGUGCCUGACCUCUUCAGCAACCGGCUCCUGCGCGGAAUCAAGCCCCGCGCUCACGCGUCUCAGGCGCCGCCCUACCGGCCGCGCACGGUGGACGACGUGGGCACCGGCGCGGCGCUCCCAGAAGCUCUCAGCGUUCUCCGCCUGUUUCGCAUUUGCAUCUACUUCAUUUCGCGCGAGAAAGACGACAACGCCCCCGACUACUGGCACAAAUACCGGUACCAGUUGACGCUUCCAGAGGACUCGUCACAUACUGAAAGCGACAAGCGCAAGUCGCUCUUCGCCGAGAUCGACCGCUACAGCGCGCUUGCAGAUCCUCUCUUCGGCUGGCAGCGCGUGUUUUACCGCGCAGCGACGUCUUGGAAGAAUUCACGGGCGCUCUUGCGAUUGUAUCGCCUCCUGCAGACCGAGCAGUUGUUUCACCUGGUCGGCUCUGUGGGACAAGUUCUGGGGAACAAAGCGCGGACGCGGAAGUCACCCAAGUACUGCGCCCUUGCCCCGUCGGUGUACGUCGCACACUGGCUGAUAGACACGUUCAUUCGGCAUCCCCUGUGCCCAGGACCGCUCAGAAGGGGCCUCGUGACCCCGCUGGCGUGGAGUGGCCUCUUUGCUCUUCUCUGCAACGGCUCGAAUCUGCCGAUGAAGCUCGGCCUCGACGCUGCCCGCAUGACCUCCUGGAUGGUCGCGCGCCACAUCCGGGCGGACAUGCGGGUUUGCUCCGAUCUCGACAGAGCCGCUGGUGAGGACCGGGGACUGCGGCGAGGAACUCGCAGACGCAUAGAGGAGCCAGGGCGAAGCGAGAAAGCGGCGGGACGGCGAAGGACUGCGGACGGAGGGCGGUCGGACCAUGCGCCCAGCACACACGGCCUCGGCGAAGGACGCUGUCAUGAAACGGGAGGAAACUGCGGCGACGCUCCAGCAGAGGUCACCCGAAAUCACUCGGUUGCCCUGGCCCUCUGCGGUAGCCGAAUGCGAGGGCAGGGAGGAGACCGCCUCAAAUCGCAGUGGGCGGAGGCAGUCCGGCGCGAGCGGUUGCUUCAAGAGCUGCUGCAGCGCUAUCAAGACUGCUUGACCUACUGCGGGGCCUCGCUCGUGGAGCACUUGGAAAAACCCAAUAGCUGGAAAGCGGCGAGCGUCGACUGCUUCACGGGGGCGGAUUUCUCCCGCCAGCAUGUGCGCUAUCGAACCCACGCGGGCUUUCUUGCCCACUACCUCGCGUGCGCCUGCGUGGUCAUCCGCAACGUGCCUCUGCUGGGCGAGAGCCUCUCCUGGCUCGCUCUGAGACACGCGCCGCCGUUCGUGGACCUCGUGGACUACGUGUCAGUCAGCGAACGAGUGGCGGUGGCCGCGUGCCUGCCUGCCGACGAUGCGUUUGAGGAGCGAAGCGCGCUGCUCCGUGCGGCGACCAGAGCCGGGGAGAGCGCGUCGGAGGCGAACUUCGCCGCCGCAGGAGGGGACAGCGGGAAGAACUCAAGCGACGCCAGCGACGUGGAACGCCCCCCCUUGGCCCGCGGGAGUGGCGCGUACCGGCCUCAGGAGGAGGAGGACGGCGCCGUGGGGGCGGAGGAGCCCCUGCAGAGGGGAGAGGACUGGCGCGCGGCAAUUGGAGAGGGCGUCACGGAAGGAGGACAGAACGGCGCGAAGGACGCUGAGUUCUCCAUCUUCCCCACCGCCUUCGUGCAAGCAACCCACCCGAUCCCUGAGGCCUGCGCGCUGCGGGACCACGUCCUCGCGCUCCCGGGUAUCGGGCGCAUCGCGGCGUGCCGCGGAACGGCGCUCACGCUCGCAGUGGAUCUUGCGGGAGACGAAGACGACGGUGCGGGCUGCAGCAGGCGCCACGGACGCGCCACGGGUGCCUCCUGUGCGUUCUGGGAAACGGGAGAAGAUGUCUUCACUGGAGGCCCCGCUGCUCGACGGACGCCGAAGCUCCUCGUUGCAGCGGACCCUCUGUUCCGCCACAUCCUUGCGGACAUCGAGGCCGGUCUGGUGGUUUCUGCAGCGCAUUCUGGCUGCGCAGCUUCGAGGCGGCUGUGGGACUUCACUGCGGGCAGCGCUCUGAGCGACAGUGUGACUCAGGAACGCGGCGCGACGACCGCUGCGACGGCUGUUCGCCAUGGAACAGGGUCUCGGAGACACAGCAUCACCUCAGCCCACGGCGAAGAGGUGCUGGGGAGCGCCGCCCCGACAAAAGAUGCAGGAGGCGAGGACGAAGAAAGGGAAGAAGCCGGAGAGGAGAAGAGAGAACGGGCGAUCGCAUGCAGCCUCGCGGCUGUGCCCGCGCGGCGAGCGCGUUCGUACGUCACUCUUCGAAAUCUGCAUGCACAUGCAGCGAGGGUCUCCUACGCGUUUUCGGCUCUCCCGCUGAUCUGCGGGACGUCUCGAGGUCGCUGUGAUCUGUUUUUCUCUCUCCGCGGUCCCCCCUCCGGUUCGGUCUCCUCGGAGCCUGCUCAGGAGAUCAGCGGCCAGGGCCGGGGAGCCUCCGGCGCCGCCUCGCCUGCGGCUGGCUGGCUCUCGUGGGACGACCCGGUCGCUGUUGCGGCGGCGGCGUGGCCCCUGGGGCGCGUGUACGUGGGCGUUGUGGCCGUGCGAUCGAGGACCGACGUUGAAUGCCUGGCGCGUGGAGACUGGGACGGAUCAUCUCAAGCUGCUCUGCUCCAACUUGCCUCCAAGACUGUUAGCUCCGGGUUCACGGCUUCUUGCCACGCGUCGGCGUUGCCUGAAGCGAAUGGGGACGCGAAUCGCCCGGAGCGAGAGGGUCUUCAGAGCCUGAGACGAGUCCCGAGAGACUGCAACACGCGCGUUCACCUCCCGAAUCGCCAGUGGUGUCUCCAGGGAACCAUGGCCCCAACGGCCGCAGGUUUGUUGCGCGAUCUGGUUUCAGGCGCCCACAGCAGCCACACGGCACCCCACAGACACGAGAGAGACACCGGGUCCUCGUCAAGGCGUAUGCGCAGGCGACAACGGGAUGGAACCUCGCAACCCGCCACGCGUGGAGGCGUUCAAGUCUCGCUUGUGACAGCUGGUCGCCACGUCACUUGGAUCGUUGACGGAGCUGUUGUCGCGUGCCAGACGCUUCCGCCGUGGUGCUCCGCACUUCUUCCUGUUAUGGUUGUGUCGUCCUCUCCCAAGAAGAAGACAGUGGAGGGGCUCUCGUCAGUGCCCGCUGCCGCUUCGUUCUGGUCAGAGACGAGUCUCGCUGUCUCGUUCAGGCCGCCGCAGGCAGCAGGGUCUCGUGCUCCAUCUUCUCUCGCCUCCGCCAGCAGGUCCCGGCCGACAUCUUGCACACCUGUCCUCACCGUCCCCCUCAACGAACUGUUCUACCGAUUCGAGCCGCCGCCUGUGGCGCGUGCCGCGCAAUGGGCAGCUGGAAUGGCUGGGGACAGUCGAGUCUCCCACUUGGGAGACCGGGGCCUCGGCGGUGCAGCUGACGAGAAGGAAGGCGAGCCCAAGUCUACGGGGGCGCUGCAGGGCAUUCCACGCCCCGCGGGUCUCAUGCUGCUGGAUGGCACCAUGCCGAUGCCAACCUCGCAGCUGGCUGAUGCUUUAGAAGGCGUACGAGUGCAUGCGUGCGGCGACCUUGUUUUCGUCUCGACGCAACCUUCUCAGGUGACGCAUUCUUCUCCGUCGCCCGUCACAGAAGGAGCCAGUUCGGCGUCAACGUUGCAGGGGACGUUGCUGACGCACUCCAGCAGGGCCAGAACCACACACGGCGACUCCGGCGCCCUUCCGCAGCCGACAGCGAUCACCCCCGCCUCCUCCUCUGGGUCACUUGGGGAGCAAGAAUCAGGAGCUCUGCUGUCGUUUUCGUCUUUUUCGCCUGCGGCCGGUAGCAGCUGCCAGACAUGCACCCGCGCCGCGCAGGGGGAUCCCGCUCUAGCCCUGGCGCCCGUGAAGCGGGAGGAGUCUCUGGAGCCCAGCGGGCCUAUUUGGAUCCUGGUGUCUCCAGAUCUUCGUGUCCGCAGCGGCCCCUCCGUCGCGCCUCCCAAAGGAGGCCCAGUUUCCUUCGGGUCUUACGGGCUGUGGAAGUGGGUGGAAGCGGCGAACGCUCAACUCCUGCUGCCUCAGGCUGGAGGCAGGGCGCUUGAUUCAACUGCGUCGCGUUCGCAGGCGGCUGCUGGCGUUUCCGGUCCCGAAGGGCUGCAGGCCUCUUUGGCACUGACGCUCUUUGCGGGAGGGGCCAGAGACGAUGCCCCUGAGUCCGAGAGUCUAGGCGGCAGCGCAGCCUCCUCGCAGACGACAGGCACCGUCCUGGGUCCGCAGGCGCCACGCCGGGGAUGUAUGGAGCAAGCCGAGGCCGGAGAGAGUCGGCACGGCGCGUCUGCCACGCAGUUCAUCGCGCCCGCGGUCUCGCCGUUCUUUCAGGUUUCUGGUAGUCGCCAUAUGGCGACAGGCGCUGUUGGCGCGUCGCAAUCGGCGCGCGUGGACUUCUCCGCGAGCAUGUUCCGGCGGCCGCUUUCACGCGAAGAGCAGCUAGGGGGACAGCGAGAGGGCGAGGCCUCGCGUCCUGCCCGGUCGAGGUCUUUGGUUCCGGGGGUAGUUGUCCCCGCGGGUCCUGCGGUCGUGGGGGCCCCGUGGCUGGGCGACGCCGUUCAUCCGGCCUUGCCGUUUUCUUUCAAGUGCCGCGUCGCGUCUAGCACGCACAGACUGAUCGGGUGCUCCAGCGCUGAAACGGCAGAGCGCAGCCACAUCCCAACUCCGGAAGCUGACUCGUUCGCUACCCCUCUCGCCGUUGGCGUCGUGUGGGGCUGUUGCAGAUGGCUCUGGGUCAGUGACGGCCGGCUGAUCUGCCCGUGGGAUAUCCCCACCGUGCCCGAGCUCCGUCUCUUCUACAAACGAAGAGAAAGGGCUUUGCAAGCAGCACGCUGCCAGGGCGGGGAACACGAAGUGGCGGAUGCGUCGACCCCAUCACUCUCAACGCCGAGCCUGCAGCGGGGUGGCGGGCCGGAGGGCACUGCGCCUCUGCCUUCGUGGCGCGAGACACAGGUUCCGUGCCCGGGUUUCAACGAUGGAGACGUUGUAGCGAUUGAAUUCGUUCCUGCAAUUCCUGCUCUGCUCUUCUUCCGGAACGGCAACUACGAGUUUGGCUUCAACUUCGAUCGAUUCUACCGCCUUGGAGAGAGACGAAAAGCCAGGGACACGCUCGACCACUUCUUUGCGUCGUCGGCGAAAGGCUCCCUGCGGGAGGCAACCGCCCAACGAAGGUCUCUUCAUUCCUCUCCGUUUUCCGCGGUCGGCAGUCGCUCCCUCGCCACAACGUCGAGCACGAGUUCAGACGUCCAUUCGCGCUCAGGGACACGGCGCGAGUUUGUGUGUGCCUCGGCUCGUCCACGGGGCGGCGCGUCCCACGGCUCCGCAGUUGUCUCUUCUCUGGGGCUCCAGGACAGCGGCAGCGCAGAGGAUGGGUCACCGGCCCUUCCUCGCACCCCGAAAUGGGGCACGUCGUCCUUCUAUAGAAUGCCGUCUGACCACGACAAAGAGGGCGCCGGUGUCACCUUGCUGUACCGCGGCCUGAAGGAAGGCCUGCCUCACCUGGUCGCCAAGUUCAUCGCGCUGCACCCGGGUCUCCUGGAGGAGGUGGAUCUUCUCGCCAGCCCUUGCUCAGCGAGUAUGAGCGCUGUGGAGGCGUCUUUCCUGGGCACACUUCCGCCAGGCAGCCGCCUCCCGCCGCUGCUGUCUUCGGCCUUUUCGGGUUCGUGCAGGCGUCAUCGCCAACCCUUCAUCUCUGCGACGCGGCCGACCUUCCCGGGUCCGGACGAAGCCUUGGACGAGAGCCCGCUCUGGCUCGCCGUCGUCGCGGGGAACGAAGAGUGCGUGCGUCUGCUGAUUGAGGAGGGAGGCUGCACACCGGACGGCACGACGCCGGUGUCGGCUCUGCGCGCAGUCACACCUGCCGGGAGUGGUCCGCUGCCGGCCGAAGGCGAGACGCCCCUGAUGACGGCCGCAGAGACCGGCCACGCCGCCCUCGUCGCGCGCUUCGUGUGCGUGUACGGCGCGAACGUGAACAAGCGGGAUAGUCGGGGGAACACCGCGCUUCAUCGCGUGUGCCUCCAGGCGCUUGCGCUCGACGACCUGGCUUUGCCCCCGACUCUGGCGCCCGGUUCGGGGAGAGGAGCCCCCCACUCGAUGCAACAGUCUUCGCCGUCCUCUCUCCGAAGCGCGGAGGUGUCGUUCGGAAGCCUGGCGGGCGUUCGUGGCUCGCAGGUGGAAGCGACGCGGACGCCGCUUCCUGCGGGGCUGCAGGCCUCGGCGCCGCAGCAAAGCCCACAUGGGUUCCCUUCAGAGGCAGAGGGCCCGCGAGCCGCGGGAGGCCGCGGGGGUGCGGCUGGAGGAGCGACCCCGGCACCCACCGCUCCGGCGGGCCAUCGACAGGCCGGCGGCGGCCUCGCGACGACAGCGAGUGGAGGCGUUGCGGCGGGUAGGAGAGAGGCGAAGCCGAAACCGGCGACGCUCGUCGCGUCACGAGAGGACUGGUACAACUGCGUGGACAUGGCUCGCCUGCUUCUUCAGUUGGGCGCCGAUCCUGAGGGCAAGAAUGACGAUGGCUUGAGGCCUCUUGACCUGCUUCUAGAGGCCAGAAGAAGCGGAGGGAGAGGGGAUGAGCAUGAAGAUGCCCUGAGACACGAUCUGCUUCUCUCGGUCACCAAGACCGGCGACUGGAUACCGGCAACCCCGUCUGAGGAGGGAGACGAAGCUGAUUCAUCCGCGAGUCAUCAACUCUACCGCUUCCUCGGCAGCUGGAUGUCCCUUUAUCAGAGCAACGGCCCGCCAUUGGGGACGACGCGGGUGCUGAAGAACUCGUGCUUCUCCGUUCCGGGAACAGCUGACCAAAAUGCAGAUGCUGCGAGGACGUCAGCGUGGAGCGGGGGCUCUGGAGGUCCUCAGGUUCGGUUUUCUGCGCGCCCGUUAGCAUCCAGUCCUGACCAGCAAGACUGCGGGUUCACCGAGCUCAGCCCUCCCGCCUCGGGACGUUGGUUCGGUCUCCUCGCGAACUGUCUCCCCGUCGUGGCUCUUCCGCUGCCGUCCCCCUCCAACCACCCGGGCACCGGCGCUGGCCUGCGCAGGCGCGAGGUGGAGGAAAAUGCAUCAUAUACCUCAUGGAAAGACUCCACAAGUUCGUCCUCAUCUCUUUCCUUUUCGCCGUCCGCGACGAGCUUGGAGACGAGCCGCGCGAGUCAAGCGGCGGGCUCCCAUGUCUCCUCGGAAGAAGAACUGGGUCGCAUCUUCUUGUCACCCCGCGAGUCCGAUCCCGUUUUGGGCGCGGGUGCCAUUCUGGAGAGCUUUGAUAUCGAUGGUGAAUGCUGGGGCGGCGGAAGCGUAAAGGGAGGCGUUGGAAGGAGACUCAUUCUCCACGCCUUGUCUCGAACGCCAGGGUUGCCAUUGAAGGCAAACGACGAUGAGGCUCUCGGCAGAAGAGGCGAGGGCAGCCCGCCGAGUCGGCCUUCUUCGUCUGCUACGUUGUUGACUCCAAAGAAGGAAGCAAACAGGAAAAAGCCAUGGCUCACAGAUGACGAGGAGGAAUCGACACAUGCGCACGCAGAGGGGCGGGGCUCCUCAUCUCCAGUCGGGGAGCUUGGCGUUCACUCGCAGCGCGCAGACGCCUUCGCCUCGCGUGUCUCAUCCCGCUCUGCGACGGGGAGGGGAUGUGAGCUGCCUGGAGCGAGCGAUCGACCGACAGCGAGUCAUGGAAACGAUGGGGAAGACAGGCCGCUCCUGGGCUCCGGACGCUCCUUUUCGCCUGCAACCUCGGCACGCCUCCAGUCCGAUGGUGCCAGUGCUUUCGCUGCUGUGGCUGCUGACUGUGCGCCGCACGCAGGCCUUGUGAGCUGUGGAGUGGUACGAGGACUUCUUCGAGAGGUCGCCGGUUUCUUGCUUCAGGAGUUUCAGGACCGAAAACGAAACCUUGCAGAUGCCUCAGUGUCCGGUCCCCGUCCAGCUUCCCCGGCGGCAGCACCGUCCCUUGCGCAUGCGAGUCGAGACCGGUCGCGAGGCCCGGGGGGCGCGUCGCCCUCCAUGUCCGGCGAAGGAGAGUCCCCUCAGGGCCUUCCCUCAGUCAGCUUCGCUGUCUCUGGCCCCUCUCAGCCGGCGUUCCAGGCGGCCGCAAGCGGGCCUGAAAGCGGCGAGCCCUCCCGCGACGGCCAGGUGGGGCUGGUGGAAGUCUUGGCAGACGCGAUCUCCUCUGCAGAGGGCGUGGUCGAGGCGGUCACGAGAGCGGCGGACUGCGAGGCGCUGCGGGUCGCGACUCAGAGGUGUGUGCGUCUCCUCCGCGUCCUUGUGGGAGAUGCGACGUCGGCGGAAGACUCCCCGUCGUCUGCCGCGAGCGGGCGCGGGAACCCGUACAUGCCUUUGUUGCUGGCAGAUGCAGGCGAAAGCGGUGCUGAACUUCCGUCUGCGCCGCGUCGGCAGCUUUGUCGGUCUCUAUCGCAAAACUUGAGUGGUCUCGAGGAGGCGCUGUGCGCUUCUCGGACUCUGCAGGACUUGGCUUGGGUAGUUCUGGGGCUAGAAAACAUCACUGCCGUUCUCGCAGCUCCGUCAGCGGCUGUCCGCAGUGCGGCGCAGGGCGGCUCGGGCUCGCGCCCGCUUCCGGGCUCUUUCAUUCACCAGCCCGAGGCCGGCUUGCCUCGCCCGCCCUACAGCUACGCGCGACAGAGAGGCUGGCGAACGCGGCUCGCAGCGCAGCUUUCGCUGACCCGGUCCGUCGGCGGCGCCGGCGGGCUCUCCUGGUCUCCGUGUGCAGGCAGCGAAGAGGCUGCGACUCUUUUCGGAGUCUCGUGCCUCGAAGGCGUCACGUCGGCGGAGGCAACCGCCCCGAGCAGCGUCUCUCCGCACAGCACCAUGUGGGGGUCGCUGUUUUUGGGGGCGGCUACGUCCUCGCGGCAGGGCGAGCGAACCCAACUCGGUGCGUGGAUAGCGGAUCCGCUGGGCGCCCUCGAGGCAGGAGGCACCGGCAUCUGGCAUACGCACUCGGCCGGCCCUGGUCCUCCUGGCUGGACUGCUCCGGGCGACGGAGAGGGCCUUCACAGCUGUGGCGACUCAUCCCACGCGAUGUCAGCCGCCGCGGGUGGCGUGCCGCUUCUGGCAGUGCAUGCGCCAGCGCGACCGCAGUGCACCGGCACACAAGUGGGGAAAGUGGUGCUGGAGGUGCUCGCGCGGGUUUCCGAAGAGGAUGCACUUCUGCGUCGACUGCUGAGGGCGUGGCCCCUCAGUCUGGAUGUCUCUCUGAGGCAGCUAGUUGAUCUCCUCGCGCCUGAACUGGCUGCAGGGCGCCGCCUGACAGAGGAGCACGCCGGCGAAGAAGGAGACAGCUUCCCUGGAAUUCCCAAGGACGAGCGCGAGCAACUCGGGUUCUUCAGGCACGUUGCAGCAGGCCUUUGGACGAUCGAAGAGGACAAAGUCGAGGUCCUUGAGCGACUGGAAAAGAGCCUUCCAAAGAAGAAGACACUGUGGAAACUCCAGGCGCUGGGCCCGGAGGAGGCCGUCGAACAGGCCAUCUCGCUGAAAAGAGCUGUCGCGAAAAUGAUGGAUGCCGCAGUUCGACAUGGCUCGCCGCUCUCGCGGUGCCCCUCGUUCCUCGCUCGCCUCUUCACACGCUUGGUGGUUGUGAGGCUCCGCCUGCUGAUGCGUCUCAACACGGCGGCGCUUCGGGCCGUUCCGCUUGUCGCCUCUGUGUUCAACUCACCGACUCUGGAGCAGGACUUCCACGGCCUCUUGACUGCGGAUCCCGUCGGGUUUUUGCAGGGCCCGCCUCGCGACUUCUUACCCUGGCUGGGGAUCUCCAGGAGCAAACAGCUGAAUACGUAUGACGGACCCGAAGGCCAUCGGCGAAGGAGCCCCAGUCCCAGGCACCGGAGGAGACAGAGGGCGAGGCGUCGCCGAUCCACGCGAUCUGAGGCGCCCGGAAUUCGAGACGCAGGAGACGCGCGCUCGACUUUUUCCCUUUCGGUAGCGAGUCUGUUUGCCCGCAAACCCUUAACAUCCUCGUCGUUCUACGCGCAUACGAAGAUGGUGUUGCAGGCGGGGCCGGGGGAUCUCCCUGCGCAGUUGUCCGUAUAUCUGUUCAUGCGGCCUCUUCUGGUUGCGACGACAAUCUCCUCGCUGUGGAGUCGGUCUUUGGAGCGGCUGGGGGUCCCCUCUCACGAUCUCCCCGCCCUUCGCCUCGACCGUGGACUUGCCGCGACGGCGAAAAACCUCCUCCACAGCAUGUGGUACCAGGCGACGAUCCAGUUGCUCGCUUCCCACGUGAACCCGAAUAAGCUCAGGGGAAGGCCGGGUGAGAGGCCGUUCAUGGUUGUCUUUAAGGGAGAAGGCGCGACGGACUUUGGCGGGCCCUUCCAGGAGUUUCUGUCGUGCGUCGGCCGAGAGCUCAUGGGGAAACUUGCGGACGCCGCAGACGGAAAUCUUCCAAGCUUUUCACCUUGCCUGCCUUGCCCAAACGCCACCCACGCCAUGGGGCCCUACCAGGAUACCGUGCUUCUUCGCCCCGACGACCCCCCCUACAGCCCAGAACCGCAGCUGUACUUCAGGGGCGAUGUUGAGCCGCUCGACAGCGAGGGUGAGCAAGCCGACGAAGACGGCCGAGAGGACGGGUCAGAAAGCGACGAAGACGGAGACAAGGGAAGGCGCGGGCGGCGGGUCGGAAGAAGGCGGCGUGUAGAGCAGAGCGGCAGACGGGAGAGAAGGAGAGAAUCCUUUUCCUUCGCGCCCUCCAGGUCGAUCGGGACUGAGGACGCGCAGGGCUCCAACUCCGACAUGCACCGCCUCUCCGCCAGCGAGGGCCCGUCUACAGACUUGGAGGAGGAGGCGCUCGAGGAAGGGAAGACCUCCGGAAAUAGACGGCUUUCCCUCGCCUCCUCUGCCUGGGGCAUGCGGGAUGUUUCUCUGUACGAUGUGCGCGGAUCCUCUGCGGGAUCUGCGUCUGUCGAAGGAGUAUCGCUUGUGGAGGCGCUUUCUCCUCUCCUCGCUGUCGCCGCAUCGCGCAUGCAGCGAGAUCAAGGUGCGGCAGCAGGUCCUUUCCGCCAGCUGUCGGACGCGAUGCUGCGGGCAGGGGCCGGACUCGCUUCUUUCAUCCCCCGUUCGUUCUUGGUGUCCGCUGAAAACGUGUCGCUGCAGACCUCUCUCCGGAGAAUCCGACGAGCGUCGCGGCUUACCCUUUCCAUCGUGGAUCCUCUUGAGAUCUCCCCGCUAGGGGCGCCACGCCCCCGCGGCAGCAGCAGCUCACGAGAGCAAGAGGGAAGGCUGCCUCUGGUUUCCUCGCUGAUGCCGGAUUCACAGGCGAUUCGCAGUCAGCCGUCUACGGUGCCCACGCUGCCGGCUCAACAGGUGGGAGGUCAGAACGCGGCUUCAGCUCUGGAUAUCCUCUCGCCGAUCGCCGCAGCGCAAGCCGCUGCGGCGAAUCCUCGUCUGUCUCCUCAGCGCUCCCGAGGCCACGGGGGUCGCGCGGGCGAAGGGGCUCCCGUCUCGCCGGCUGGCGGGGCACGUCCAGCAGGCUCUCUGUCGAGUUCUGGGCCGCCUGUUGACUACCAGGCGGAGAGCGGAGGAAUGAACCCGUAUGGGCCUGCUGGCGGAAGCGAGCAAGCGGUCGCGGGGGCCUCGUUUCCGACGCCUGCACAUCGGUUCGCCCGCCCGGCCUCGCCAGCUGGGGGGGACAGCCGAGGCGACUGGGGCACCGGCCCAAACAUUCCUCUGGCGGGAUCGCCCCUUUACCUCGGCUACGCCUCUCAGCAGCAUCCGCUGGCGUCUCGCGGGCCCGCAGGUCUUUCGGAUCUCCCAGAAGGUGCUUCGGCUCCAGCGGCCUCCGCUGGGCUCCCGGGCGUGGGCGGGGUCCAGCCGGUUGUGGAGCCGAUGCCGCGGGAUCGGCGGAGAGGCAAUGAGAACGCGCCCUCGAACUUCCACGUACCGGGAUCUCUGGAGCGCGAUGACAGCCAAAGAGGCAGAUUCGCAGAGCCGAGCGGCGCCCCGCGCAGCGGGACUGUCCCAGGCCCUCUGCUCUCACCCGCCCCGAGAAGACCAGAAGCCCCAGCGGGAGGGCACGGCCGCAGUUUGACUCCUCCGCCUCUCAUGACGAGUAGCCCUGUUGACGGCGACGGGAACGGCGUGCCUUCGUCGCACCCCGGGGGCGGAGGCCCGCUGAUGAGAGGCGCCCCCAGUGCGGAGCCGAGUUCACCCAGCAAUCCGUCUCGGGCCGCAGAGGGGCGGCACAGCGAGGAAGCACGGGACGGCGCGUCACCGGCGAGUCGGGACCCCACGCGGGACGAAAGCCGGCGACUCAACCUCCCUUCGUCGCCGCAGAGAGGAGGCGUGUCGAGAGGAGAAGGGAUGUUUUUCUUGCCGUCUUUGCCCGAUGAAGGCCGAAGCCAGGUGUCACCCAGCGGCGGGAGCCCAGGCGGAGGCGGAGGCGGCGGCGACGACCCUGGGCGAGGAGGGGGCGACGGCCCGUCCGGCCCCUCCGGCGGGCGCAGAAGGGGCGAGGACCGACACGAGCUUCCCGAGCUCGACAAGGAGACAGAGCGAAGGGCGGAGCUGGCCAUGUACGAAGCUCUGGGCCGCCUUCUAGCCAUGUGCUCCUGCAUUGGCGCUGCCUUCAACGCCUCUCUGAAUCCCCUCAUUUGGAAGAAACUCGUCGGACAACCGCUACAGAUUCAGGACUUGGCGGACUCGGACUGCGUGGCGGUGGAAAUGCUUCGCUCGCUGCGACGCCUGGCGGCUGUCCCGCCCUCUCUGUGGGAUGAGGCGAUGAAGUCUUCGAUUUCAGAUUUGACUUUCAUGACCGAGGGAUCCUCCGGGCAGCCUUUCGAGCUCAUCGAGGGCGGCAGCGAGCUCUUUGUGACGCCGAAAAACCUCGAUCUCUUCAUUCGCCUCUCCGAGCGCUGUCGACUCCUCGAGGGACGAAAAAGCCUCGAGGCGCUACUGAGAGGCAUCGGCGCGGUGCUGCCGCUUGGGCGCAUGCGCAUGCUUUUCGAUUGGAGGAGCCUGGAGUACCGCGUGUGUGGCGAGCGGAUAGUGGAUCUGGACUUGCUGCGCCGGCACACGGUGUGCAGUUCUGAGGCGCUGAAAGUCCGUCUUUUUGAGAUUUUGGAGACCUUCACGAAUGACCAGCUUCAGCGCUUCCUGCGCUUCGUCUCGGGGCGCUCGCGCCUCCCGACGGCGGGCAGCGACUGGCGCAUGGUGGUGGACUACGAAGCUCUGGAAGGCCAACGUGAGCCGCCGAUUGACGACAACCGGCUGCCGACCGCGGCCACGUGCGGCUUCAGGCUCGUUCUGCCGCGCUACAGCUCGCAAGCGAUUUUUCGCCAGCGGCUUCUCUACGCAAUCAGCAACUGUACCGCCAUCGACUUGGACGCCUACGUGGUCCACGAGCAAAUGACACUGAUGUACUAG